GAGAUAUCGAUAUCCGAUAUUAGUGAACAAUAAAAAUCAUAUGAUUAUUGAGGGUGUAGUAAAUUACGAGUAGUAAGUAGAUUUCUUUUUAAGUUGCUACAUACAAAAGUAAAAGAAAAUAACUUGGCAAAAAAAUGAAGAUAUGUGGACCUAAAUAUGCCCUAUGUGGCUUAAUAUUAUCUGUUUGGGGUAUAUUUCAACUACUCCUGAUGGGAAUAUUCUUCUAUACCAAAAGUGUAGCUUUAGUAGAAGAUCUUCCAAUAGAAGAAGAAAAAGGAGAACCAACUUUUACAAAAGCUACAGCUUUCUAUGCUGUAGCAGAUAGGGGUUAUAAACAAAAUGCAUAUAACUGUUGGAUUGCAGCUUGUAUUUAUGUUCUUACAUUCUUAUUUUCUGGACAUCAAUUUUAUAUAAAUUCAAGAUCAUCUUUAAGUGUUUAAAAAGUUAUAUAAUUAAAUAAAAAAAUACAUAUAAGUAUAUAGUAUAAUAAUAUAUUAUAAAUAAAAAUAUAUUUAGGAACAUACUAAAUAUAAAUUUCAACAACAGAUCUUUUCAAUUGCAUUUUAAUGUUAACAAUGAACUGCUGUUUAAAGUAUAUUGUACUAUGAUAUAAAUGUGUAAAAUAGAAAAAUGUAGAUUACUUCAUAUUGUAUAUAUAUGUGAAAAUAUACGAUAAAAUUAUUGUUGAA